AUGUCUCUAAGAAAACGGCUGUUGAAGUCCAGUAACCAUGCUGAGGAAGAGGAAGAAGGCCAGAGAGACUGUACAGAGGAGUCACAAGAGACACCUAGUAAUGGUCGGGUUGAUUUAAAACAGUUGAUAUCAAAGAAGAUACAGUUGACAGCAGAGGCAGAGGAAUUGAAGCCCUUUUUUAUGAAGGAAGUUGGCAGUCACUUUGAUGAUUUUGUAACCAGUCUCAUUGAAAAAUCCGCAUCAUUAGACAAUGGUGGUUGUGCUCUCACAUCCUUUUCUAUUUUUGAGGGAGACAACAACCAUAGAGCUAAAGAUCUGAGAGCACCUCCGGAACAUGGAAAGAUUUUUGUUAUAAGGCGAUCUGUCUUAGAUGAGCUGUUUGAGGUGGACCACAUCAGAACAAUAUAUCACAUGUUCAUUGCCCUCCUCAUUCUCUUCAUUCUCAGCACACUUGCAGUAGAUUAUAUUGAUGAAGGAAGGCUGGUGCUUGAGUUCAACCUCAUGUCUUACGCGUUUGGGAAGCUUACUGUCGCUGUGUGGACGUGGCUCACCAUGUUCAUGUGUACACUUACAGUUCCUUAUUUCCUGUUUCAACGCUGGGCCAGAGGCUAUCACAGGACUGCUCAUCCAGUGGUCUAUUCUUUCAUACACUGCUUCCUUUUUGUGGUCUUCCAGACUGGAGUUCUAGGUAUAGGACCACUUUAUGUUGUGUUAGCAUAUACACUACCACCAGCUUCCCGGUGCAUCGUUAUACUUGAACAGAUUCGUUUUAUAAUGAAGGCCCACUCAUUUGUCAGAGAGAAUGUGCCUCGGGUACUCAAUUCAGCCAAGGAGAAAUCAGGCACUGUUCCAGUACCCACAGUCAACCAGUACUUGUAUUUCUUGUUUGCUCCUACCCUCAUCUACCGUGACAACUAUCCCAGGACUCCCACUGUAAGAUGGGGUUAUGUGACUAUGCAGUUUGCACAGGUUUUUGGUUGCUUUUUUUAUGUGUACUACAUCUUUGAAAGGCUCUGCACCCCCUUGUUUCGGAAUAUCAAACAGGAGCCCUUUAGCGCUCGUGUUCUGAUCUUAUGUAUAUUUAACUCCAUCUUGCCAGGUGUGCUGAUACUGUUUCUUAUUUUUUUUGCCUUUUUGCACUGCUGGCUCAAUGCCUUUGCUGAGAUGUUACGCUUUGGUGACAGGAUGUUUUAUAAGGAUUGGUGGAACUCUACAUCAUACUCUAACUAUUACAGGACCUGGAAUGUGGUGGUCCACGACUGGCUAUAUUACUAUGCUUACAAGGACUUUCUCUGGUUUUUCACAAAGAGGUUCAAGACAGCUGCCAUGCUGGCCGUCUUCGCUGUGUCUGCCGUGGUGCACGAGUAUGCCCUGGCCGUUUGCCUGAGCUUUUUCUAUCCGGUGCUCUUUGUGCUCUUCAUGUUCUUUGGAAUGGCUUUCAACUUUAUUGUCAACGAUAGUCGGAAAAGACCAAUUUGGAAUGUUCUGAUGUGGACUUCCCUUUUUGCGGGCAAUGGAGUCCUCCUGUGUUUUUAUUCUCAAGAGUGGUAUGCACGUCAACACUGCCCUCUGAAAAAUCCCACAUUUCUGGAUUACAUCCGGCCACGUUCCUGGACUUGUCGUUACGUGUUUUAG